AUGACUUUGCCGUAGUUCGUGUGUACCUUUGGAUUACCCCGAUUACCGUCAAAGGAUAAGCUCAAUGCUGGGUGCCAAGAGGACGACUAGUGACCAAGUAUUAGCCGUGUAUACAGUCAAAUGUGAACAAACUGGUGUUUGUAUAACUUGGAGUACAUUAGCAAAAGAAGAUGGAAUUGACAACACUCCUGAUUUUCAUGUUCUGUAUUCUGUGUUCCUCACUGACCUGUGCCAGGAACCUAAGCAGAAAUAUCAGACAAGAAAUUAUUGAGAAUCUUCUAACGGGAUAUGAAGCAACUGUUGCUCCAACAGAACAUGGCAUUCCGGUGACGGACAUAGUUCAACUGUACAUACUCAGCAUUGACUCAAUAAGUGAUUCUAGCAUGGACUACGAUAUGUCUUUCUACCUCAGACAAAGGUGGUACGAUCCCCGUCUCCAAUACAACGAAUCACUGGGGGCAGAUGUGUUGGAAUUGGAUCCAAAACUCAUGGACAAAAUCUGGGUACCAGAUAUCUAUAUAAUAAACGAAAAGACCGCCAAAAUCCACGUGGUCACGGUACCUAACAAGAUGAUGUACAUCUACCCUGAUGGGCUUGUACUCUACAGUGCUAGGGUCUCAGGAGUGUUUUCUUGCAUGAUGGAUCUACACAAAUACCCUCUAGAUAAGCAGAUCUGCGACAUACGACUGGAGAGCUAUGGGCACAGCGCAGCGACACUGAUUGUGAGGUGGCGGGACACGCCAGCAGAGAUCUCUAAAUCCUUACGCCUCCCGCAGUUUGACAUAAAUCUGCUUAGAUCCUUCCAUUGUGACCAGCAGUACAUGGGAAUAAACUACACCUGUAUCGGGCUCGACAUUCACUUAAUGAGGAACAUAGGAUACUACCUGACACAGACCUACAUCCCGUGUAUAUUAGUGGUCAUCCUUUCCUGGGUAAACUUCUGGCUCAGCGUCGACGCGGUUCCCGCCCGAAUUUCCUUAGGUCUCCUUACAGUUCUCACGAUGACGACACAGAGUUCGGCCGCCGUUAGAGGCCUAACAGUUGUGUCAUAUGUCAAGGCCAUGGAUGUAUGGGUCUUUGCUUGUUUAUUUUUUGUUUUUGCCGGACUUUUGGAGUUUGCAUGGGUCAAUGUAUCAAACAGAGUAGAAAGCCGACGAAAGUCAGUAACAGAUUUACCGGCCCUAAUGAACGGAAAGAAUUCUCCAACUAAGGGUUCUCCAAAACAUAGGGACGGUUUUUUCUUUAAACCAUCGAAAGAUCGAGAAAAGGCCAGAAACAUUGAUCGAGUCUCUCGUUUUUUGUUCCCCUUAGCAUUUAUUUUGUUCAAUGCUGCGUACUGGUCUAUAUACCUGGUUCUCUGGGAGCCUGUCCAGGACAAGCACGAGGAUAGCGAAGGAAUCACCAUUCCAGUAAACCUUAAUGACUCAUGAUGACACCAUGUAAUGACACAAUGUGAUGACGUCAUGUGAAGUCAUUAAAACUUGAUUUAAUUGUGUUCACAGAGGAUUUUUUCAGAAUAAUUUUCCAUUCUUGUGUUCAUGGAUAAUUUUCAUGGAAAUGAG